AUGGCGUCGUCUACGACCAACGGCGCCAGCGCCGGUGCAUCAAUAAACGAAAUCCCGAAAUCGUGGAACUUCACUUCGAAGCUCCCCGCCGAUGCCUUAUACCCGACACCGGCAGACUCACACAAAACUCCACGUGGAGACAUCGGACCUCGCAUGGUUCGCAAUGCUAUUUUCACCUGGGUGCGCCCGCAGCCCGUCAAGGACCCGAAAUUGCUGGCUGUGAGCCCGGCAGCAAUGCGCGACCUUGGGAUCCGUCCCGGCGACGAGAAGAGCGCCGACUUUGUAGCUACUGUUGCGGGUAAUAACAUACAAGGGUGGGACGAGCAGAAGGGUGAAGGCGGGUAUCCGUGGGCACAGUGCUACGGCGGCUUCCAGUUCGGAAACUGGGCAGGACAGCUCGGUGAUGGUCGUGCUAUAUCGCUUUUCGAAACCACGAACCCCGAGACUGGCGUGCGGUACGAACUACAGCUUAAAGGCGCGGGCUUGACGCCGUAUAGCCGGUUUGCGGACGGCAAGGCUGUCUUGAGGAGUAGCAUUCGAGAGUUCGUUGUCAGCGAAGCACUAAAUGCUCUAGGGAUACCGACGACUCGUGCUCUAAGCUUGACGCUCUUACCCGACGAGAAGGUGCGUCGCGAGACCAUUGAGCCCGGUGCCAUCGUGUCUCGCUUCGCACAAACCUGGCUGCGCAUAGGCAACUUCGAUAUCCUUCGCUCCCGCGGUGAUCGUAAGCUCAUUCGCCAGCUCGCCACAUAUCUUGCCGAAGAUGUAUUUGGUGGCUGGGAAAACUUGCCAAGUCGUCUUGAAGACCCAGAUAAGCCGGCCGAGAGUCCGGCACCACAACGCGGAGUUCCGUCAAAGAAGAUCGAGGGACCGUCAGAGUCGGCCGAGAAUCGUUUCACGCGCCUUUAUAGGGAAGUAGCUCGGAGGAAUGCUCUAACAGUGGCGAAGUGGCAAGCUUACGGGUUUAUGAACGGCGUGCUUAAUACCGACAACACAUCUUUAUUCGGAUUGAGUAUCGACUUCGGCCCCUUCGCAUUUAUGGAUAACUUCGACCCCAUGUAUACACCCAAUCACGACGAUUCGUUGCUGCGCUAUAGCUAUCGAAACCAGCCGAGUAUCAUAUGGUGGAAUCUAGUACGCUUGGGAGAAUCAUUGGGCGAGCUUCUAGGCGCUGGCGAAGGUGUGGACGCGGAAAAGUUUAUCAACAAGGGCGUGGAGGAAGACCAAGCAGACGAGCUCAUUGCUAGGGCUGAAAAACUCAUCACUCAGACCGGAGAAGAGUACAAGGCCGUGUUCCUCGGCGAAUAUAAGAAGGUCAUGACGGCGCGACUGGGUUUGAAGAACUUCAAAGAGAGCGAUUUUGAACAAUUAUUUAGCGAGCUGCUAGAUGCUAUGGAAGCUUUAGAAUUAGAUUUCAACCUCUUCUUCCGGCGCUUGAGCAGUGUUAAGAUAUCCGAAUUGGAGUCGGAGAAGGCACGCCAGGACAAAGCAGCCGUAUUCUUCUACCAGGAUGGUGUCACAGGCAUCGGCGGCGAAGAAGAAGGUCGCAAGCGUGUCGGUGCUUGGCUUGACAAGUGGAGGCAGCGCAUUUUGGAAGAUUGGGGUGAUGGUUCGAGCGUAUCUGAGGAGGCGGAUGCCCAGCGCACAGAUGCCAUGAAGAGAGUGAACCCGAGCUUUAUUCCUCGAGGCUGGAUCCUCGACGAGAUUAUCCGCCGUGUUGAGAAGGAAAAUGAAAGGGACGUGUUGGAUAGGGUCAUGACCAUGGCCCUGAAUCCAUUUGAAGAUAGCUGGGCUGGGCGCGAGUUCGGCGGCAAGACCUACGAUGGCGAUAAAGAGGAAGAGAAACGAUGGAUCUCUGAUGUGCCUCGCAUCGGGCGGGCUAUGCAGUGUAGCUGCAGCUCGUAA